UUUAACCUCUUUCUUUUCCCCACUUUUUUCCAGAAUUUUACAAUUUUUAUGUCCAAAGCUCACUAGUCACGUGCACUACCCACGUUUCCAGGACUUUUUAGCUAUAAACAAACCUAUAGUGGCAUGUUCGUAAUUUCAUCAUAACUCAGUGGCAUCUUCAAGUCACGUUUCCAUAUUUACUUCUCCCUCCUCUUUCAGCUAUUUCAAUUUCCAGUUCAUAAGCCCGAUCCUGAACCAAACUGGUUCCGAGUCGAAAGACUUCAAGUCCGGUUCGAUACCGGUUUACAGCAGAGCAACCGGUUCACAGGCGUCGUAAAUGACGUCCGGCACGAGACUUCCGUCAUGGAAAGAGAGAGAGAACAACAAACGGAGAGAACGACGGCGAAGGGCGAUCGCGGCGAAGAUCUUCGCCGGACUUAGAAUGUAUGGUAAUUUUAAGCUCCCAAAACACUGUGAUAAUAAUGAGGUGUUGAAAGCUCUGUGUAAUGAAGCUGGUUGGAUUGUUGAAGAAGAUGGCACCACUUACAAAAAGGGAUGCAAGCCAGUAGAACGUAUGGAUAAUAUAUGUUAUUCAGCAUCUGUAAGUCCCUGCUCAUCUUACCAACCGAGUCCAGGUGCCUCAUAUAAUCCAAGCCCUGCUUCGUCAUCUUUCCCUAGCCCGGUCUCAUCCCAUUACGUUGCAAAUAGCCAAAAUAAUUCCGAUCCUAACUCGCUAAUUCCUUGGCUUAAGAAUCUCUCGUCUGGAUCAUCGCCUUCUUCAUCCAAAUUUUCCCACCAUUUGUACAUUCCGGGGAGCUCUAUAAGUGCGCCCGUUACUCCACCUUUGAGCUCUCCUACAGCUCGUACUCCUCGGAUGAAGGAUGAUCCCAUGGCCAAUUCAACGUCGUGGGCACAACAACACUAUGCUUUCUUGCCGUCCUCUACUCCAGCUAGUCCUGGUUGUCAAACACCACCAGAUUCAGGUUGGCUUUCUGGUGUUCAAACUCCACAAGAUGAGCCUUCAUCUCCGACAUUUAGCCUUGUUUCACCAAAUCCAUUUGGAUUUAAGGAGCCAUUAUCAAAUGGAGGCUCUCGGAUGUGGACACCAGGGCAAAGCGGGGCAUGUUCUCCAGCAAUUGGAGCAGGUAUCGACCAAACAGCUGAUGUACCAAUGUCGGAUGCUAUUUCAGCUGAGUUUGCAUUUGGCAGCAAUAUGAAGGGAUUAGUAAAGCCAUGGGAAGGAGAAAGAAUUCACGAGGAGUGUGUGACCGAUGAUCUGGAGCUUACACUUGGGAAUUCUAGCACUAGGUAAAUCCUUUUCUAUUACCAACUUUAGUGGAAAAUAUCUUUGCUAUCCAUACACGGAAGGAAAGUUGAUCGUAGAAAGGGGCAGAUUAUUAUAAUGUUGGCUUGAGAUGAAUUUAAAUGGUGGACAUGGUCAAUGAUGACUCAUAUAGCCGACCUCAACUUGUUUGGGUCUGAGGCGAUUGUUGUUGUUGUUGCUUCGCGGAUAGAGUAGUGCAAUGAGAAAUCUAUUUAUUCAUUGAUUUGGUCAUGGCCUUAUCUUUGUGCAAAAGUUGAAAUUAACUUCUUCUGUUGAUCCCUUGUGUGUGAAGAAAUUCUGGUUGAUGAAAACCAGUUGAAAUACAUAGUAGGAGCAAUGUAGAUUGAAGUAAUGUGAAGGCUAUCUUUGCACAUUUUCCAUGAAAUUUUCCCUGUAUUUUUUAUUACUAGCCCCUAUUUUUUGCAUUCUUUGUAAUUCUUCCACUUUCAAGAUUGGAAUUUUUUAAAAACUUUUUGUAGGUAUCUUUUGUAAUUGUUCAUGAUUUAUGUGGUGAUA